AUGGUCCUGUUCAGCCUUGUGCUUCAACUGCUACUGUUCGCCACCCCCAUCGCACGCCGGCACAGUUGGCUGGAGAAGAGGAGGCACCGUGCAGAGUUCAACACGUUUGUCUUGUGGCUGGCGUACCAGCUGGCCGACACGACGGCGACCUAUGUCCUCGGGCACAUGGCCAUCAGCAGCAGCCCGUCCGGCGAGCGCAGGCAGCUCAUGGCCCUGUGGGCGGCGCUCCUGCUGGUGCACCUCGGCGGGCAGGACACCAUCACCGCGUACGCCCUCGAGGACAACCGGCUCUGGAAGCGCCACCUGCUGACGCUGCUAGUGCAAGCAGCGGGGGUGUUCUACGUCAUCCCCGUGAACCGAGGGAGCAACCCGCUGCUGAGCUUUGCUGCUGCCUUGAUGUCAAUCCUUGGGGUCGUCAAGUUCGCCGAGAGGAUCUAUGUGCUCCGAUUCUCAGCCGACGUGAACAAUGUGGGCCACCACAUCAUGUUGCUUGCUCCGCCGACAAGACGGGAGACUUACACCAGGCGGGUGGCCCCAACACAGCAAGAGGAUAGUAAUGAACAAGAAGAGCAGGCCCUGAAGCUAGCACACAACCUGCUUCAAUUCAGCAUGGCUCAAUUCAUCGAUGCUAAGGGCAGCCUGCCUCAGUACCAGAGAAGCAUCAUCACGGCCCACUAUGAUGACGAUGACACACUGUACAAGCUGGUCGAGCUGCAGCUGUCCUUGAUCCAUGACAAGUUGUACACCAAGUCGCCGGCGAUCCACACAUGGCGGGGGUGCCUCAUUCGUGCCUUCUCGUGGCUCGCCACGGCGGUCAUAGGCACGAUGCUGGUGUUCCAUUUUGUGAGCAGCAGCAGCAGCAGCAGAAACUAUAGCGGCGGCGGGUUCGAUGCCGCUGUGACAUUCACUUUGCUAGCUGGAGCCUUCCUCCUGGAGACCGCAUCCUUGCUCAAGGCGGCAGGGUCGACAUGGACAGUUCAGAUGUUGAAGUCUAGAAGAUGGGAUGGCCUUCACCGCAUGGUCCUACGGUUCCGGCGGCUCGUCAAGGCAGCAGAGUGCAAUCGGAGGUGGCCGGGCUUCAUCGGGACAUACUACGGGUUCCAAGUCAGCAGAUGCGGUCGGGGGUUUAGUUCAUCAAUACAAGAGAUUGAGCCAUAUACUAAGAGGUAUGUGCUGGGUCUGAUACGCAGGAUGGUGCAUGAAUGCCGGGGCGACGAGGAGAAGCUUAGGACCAGCCGAGGUGGGCUGUCGCUACAGCGACUAUCAGUGCCUCAACAACUUAUUGAGGAUAAAAUUACCCAGAACGAGUUUGAUGAGAGCUUCUUCAUCUGGAGCUUUGUCAGCCGAAGCUUCAUUGGGCACGGUGUAAAUUUAUGUUUGUAUUCAACAGAACGGCGGAGGCUCCUUUAUGAUGCAAUCAAAGAGAUCUCCGAAUACAUGGAUUACCUAUUAAGGAAAAAACCCCACAUGCUGCCAACCCCUGUGCGUCAUAGACUGAAAUAUAGGAUUAUCUACGAAAGAGAGAACGGAGGAAAAAACGACAUCUACCAGGAGCUGAUCCGUGGGGAAUUUACGGAGGCAAAGCUGAAGGCCGUACUUGGGGUGUGGGUUGAGAUGUUGUGCUACGCGGCCAGCUACUGCAACCGGGAGUCCCACGCCAGGGAGCUCAGCAACGGGUCUGGUGAGUUCAUCACCAUCGUGUGGCUUCUAAGGGCUGCCCUCUUUAAAGCCUCAAAUCCAGAUGAUGAUGAUACUCAGGAGAGCGAGAACUAA